AAUGGAGUACUGCCUGAGUACUAGUUCAUCCGGGUACUUUUGGCAUUUACUUCACGAGUAGUAAAUCGCCUUGUCGCUGUGUUUAAGGUGUAAUUUAGUUCCGGUAGGAUGCUCUAUUGUGUAGUUUCUAGCUUCUAGCUUAAAGACUGCUGUUUAGUUUGUUUUCAUUCAGAUUUUUAGCACUUAGGCAUGGCUGUAGAUUGGCUCGGGUAUGCUUUCGCUGCACUGACAGCAACAGGAGGCAUCGUUGGUUAUAUAAAAGCAGGCAGUUUCAUGUCACUGGUAGGUGGACUAGUCUUUGGGUGUUUGGCAGCACUCGGCUCUUUCCAGGUGUCUCAGAAUCCGAAAAACAUCUUGCUUUCAUUUGGGACGUACGGAACGCUGGCAGUCCUGAUGGGAGUGAGAUUUCUGAGCUCAUGGAAAAUAAUGCCAGCUGGGUUGUUAACAGGAGCAAGUUUAUUCAUGCUUUUGAGAUUAGGACUGGGAUUGCUGUGGCCACGCAAGAAACACUCAUGAACACGUUGGGAAGGGAAAACAACAAAAA